AUGUCGGAGACUGAAUCGGCGGCAGUGGCAGCGGCGCCGGACCCGGCGGCUGCAGCGGAGCCGAAGCCUCGGCGGCUGCGGGGGCACAAGAAGGGCGCCGUCACCUGCUGCGUCGCCUCCUCCGCCCGCCCGGGUGUCGUCGCGUCCUCCGGCGAGGAUGGAUGUCUUUGCUGGUUUGAUCUGCGCACCAAAGAUGUACUUUUGACCAUGGAGGCAGCAAAUAAACCAAUUUCUUCAAUUUGCUUUAAACCAGGAAAUGAAGAUUGUGUGUAUAUCUCUGCUGGAAAUGAAAUAUUGUCCUUUGAUGUUCGUAUGGGAACUCAAUCAAAGCCAUUAGAGACGUAUAACUACAAUAGAGAUGAAAUCAAUCAGAUUGCUGUCAGCUCUAAAGGUUUUCUCGCUGCUGCAGAUGAUAGUGGGGAUGUUAAGAUUGUCAAUACCAUUCAGAAGUGCCUGUAUAAAAGAAUAAGGGAAGCCCACACAAGUAUUUGCAGCAGCGUGCAAUUCAUUCCUUGGAGACCUUGGACAGCAAUUACUGGUGGUCUCGACUCAAAGCUCGUUGCAUGGGAUUUCUCCAAAGGACGAACACUGUUUUCUAUUGAUUAUGGAUCACCUGAAUUGCAAAAUGGCAGUUCUUCCGGUAGUGCAGGGCAAUGUUUCAACCCUGCUUUUGUUCAUUCAGUAGAAGUUUCUGAAGAGGGUAUUUUGGGAGGGCUCUACAAGGUUUGUGCUGUUGCAAGGGGGGAUGGUGCUGUUGAUGUGGUUGAUCUUGAGUAUGAACUGGCUCCUGCGAAAUCGAAGGGAGCUCCUCGGGCAGCUAUUUCAAAAAUGAGUUCAAAAGGAGCUGAACUUGGAGAUGGGAGCUGUAAUCAAAGUCAAGCGAAAAGAAUCCAUCUUGACUACACGAUGGGUGGCCAUACAGCAGCUGUGUCUUGUGUAGCAUUUUCAGUAUUUGGUGAGAAGGGGAAGUUCCUCGUUUCUGGCGGCAAUGAUUCAUCAGUGAAGCUGUGGGAUUGGUCCAAAGGAUUUUCCUCUGAAACAAACAGCAAAGUUGAAUUGGUUUUGAAUAUUGAUGUAAAGAAAAAGUCUUUCCCAACAAUUGCUCAGAAAGUUCUCUCUUGUGAUGAGGAGGGUAUUUCUGCAAAACUUCCAGGAACCAGGGGUUGUGCUGCUGUUCUUGGAGGAGAAAGAAGAGAAGAAAUGGGAGGCUUGCUCUUGCCGCAUCACCAAACCUUUCCAAAUUCUUUGCAAGCUGCCAUCCCGGGAUCUCUCUCUCUUCACAAAGGUGUGCACCUCUUCUGUUCUCCGCGGCAAGGCUUUCCACGCUCAUUUUGGUCGGCCCUCAUCAGAUCAGAAGCCAACGGGAACGGCGUGGCGUCGCCAGACAUGGUCAGCAAACAUAGCAAGGAGGAGCUCAUUGCUUUCUUCAGAGACAUUCAGACCUCCAUUGCCGAGAGCUCGCCUAAAGCUUCCAAGAGGACGAGGAAGCAGCCACCUGAUCCGUUAAAAGAGGUCCACAGGAGGGAGCAGUCACACGGUAGAGGAGACGGCGGCGCCGGCGAUGUUUCAGAGGAACGACAGAGGAAAGUGAUGAAUCUGGAGGACAUGAACGUGGCCGACUUGAGAGAAUUGGCGAGGGCGAGAAGGAUGAGGGGUUACUCCAAGAUAAAGAAGGGCGAGCUCAUUGAUCGGUUGAAAGGGGUUAUGCAAUAA